AUGCCAGCCCUAUAUGCAGCGCUAGCCCCAGGUGCGGCAACGGCCCCGCAACUGGCCCGGCGGGACCUGACAGUCAACCACACUCAAGCGAUCACCUUGGGGAUCAUGGCAGUGUAUGUCGUGGUCAUCGCGCUACUAUGGAACAUUCCUUAUAUCCGAUGGGUGUUGUGGCCCUUCAAGAUGCUGGUGAUUGCAUUCCAUGAAUUCGGCCAUGCGAUUACUGCCUGCUGUACCGGCGGAAGAGUCAAAUCGAUCUCACUAGAUCCUCACGAAGGUGGUGUCACCCACAUGCAAGGCGGUAUAAGCGCCAUCACACUGCCUGCUGGGUACCUGGGCUCAUCCAUUAUUGGCGCCUUGUUGAUUUUCGCCGGGUUUAAUAUUGUCGCCAGCAAGGUUGCGAGCAUCGUCCUCGGGGUGUGUUUCCUGCUCACCCUCUGGUGGGCGCGCAGAGACUGGUUGACCAUUAUCACCGUUCUUCUUGCGGUCGGGUUGUUGGUGGCAUGCUGGUUCAUUGCCCAUGGGGAAGCCCUGCGCUGGGUCGUGCUAUUCAUCGGUGUCAUGUCUGCCUUGUAUAGUGUCUGGGAUAUUUGUGACGAUCUCAUCCUUCGCAAGGUGAACAGCUCCGAUGCCAGCGUUUUCGCCAAGCGAUACGGCGGAUCCUCCCAAUGCUGGGGUGUUAUCUGGUCCCUCAUCUCCCUCGGAUUCAUGGCCGUCGGUAUCAUUGGUGGAAUCGCAGCAUUCCCCGAAUCAUUCAGCCAGCAACAAGAGGAUUCAAAGCAUUUCAUUCCGACUCGCUAG